AUGGCUUAUGAAAUAAAUGAGCAGAAGAAGAUUGGGCUGGGUCUCAUCGGUUUUGGUAUCUUUUUCACAUUUCUCGGUGUUCUCCUUUUCUUUGAUAGGGGUCUGCUUGCUCUGGGAAAUAUACUUUGGUUGGCAGGGGUGGCCCUGUUACUAGGUUGGCGUUCCACAUUGCAACUUUUCACUGACAGAACAAACUACAAGGGUUCUUUGUCUUUUCUUCUUGGACUCUUCUUGUUAUUUGUUCGUUGGCCAGUCGUGGGUAUAAUCUUGGAAUUAUGUGGCUGUGUUUUUCUCUUCGGUGGUUUCUGGCCAUCUGUCAAGGCGUGUCUUUUUCAGAUUCCAGUGUUUGGAUGGAUUUUACAGUAUCCACUUCUGGUGAGUUGUACUUUAGCGUUUUUGGGGUUUUAAGCUCAAUGGGUUCAUACUCACUUUCUCCAUUAUGUUAUUUUGGAUCCAAUAGAAAUGAUUUUCUCACUGGUCAUUAUAUUUUUAUAGUUAACGUUAUGAAAGUUCCCUUUCACUUUAGUCUUAUAUUAUUUUAUUGGCUUUUGGACACGAUAAAACCAAAGAGACCGAAGUAUUGCCAUCAAUAAACAAUUCCAAGUGGCUAGGUGCCAUUCUCUUAUUCCAACUUCUUCAUCAUUUGUGAUGCAAUGGACACAAGAAAAAAUAGGAUUGUCUCAGUGGAAGGACGACUUGCAACUGCAGAGACUUAGGAUCCUUAUUCUUCCUAAAAACAUAGAAUUUCAUCUACAACAACUUGUUCAAUCACUUGAACAAACUAUUCCAUAAACCACACUCAAAGGAACUAUGAAUGAAUAAAUGAACUUUCAACUCUCCACUUCUCAGACUAGUAAAAUAAAUUUUUGUGUUCAUCCUGUUAAGGACAAUAUAUCAGACAAAGACUGGACUUUUGACUUUUAAAGGAACUUGUGCUUUCUAAAUGAGUUUAUGUAGAGACAAAGACUCAGCAUUUUGGGAGCUUGUGAGGUAUGAACAAAAGGAUCUAAAAGAGAAAUUAUCGAACUUAUCUGCAGUCCAAAGUUUACAGUCAUGCAUGAGAACAAGAAGAAUUAAAAACUGACGAGUGUCAAACAAAUAAGCUAAAUCUGCUAUUUCUCUAUCAUUGAGAUGCCCAAAGAGGUGGAAAUCCCUAGAAUUGAUAAACUGGAGAUAGGAGUCUCUUGGAGUGAGGAAAGUUGGUAAAAAAAGUGGAAAAACAAUAUUAAAUGAUGAAAGUUGUACCCAAAUAUCCUCCCAAAAUGAACUUGUAGAACUAUAUCCAACUUUAUAACAAAUCAAAUUAAGAAAAAUACACUAUUUCUUUGAAUGAAUCCUAGUACUCUAAAUUUCCUUGUGCCAAAGGGAUUUAGGUUCUAGCAUGAAUCACCAUGACCAUUUCCCUCCAUUUACCUACAAGGGAAAUGAUUUUAGAGACCAAAUUAUCAAGGCCCAAGUCCUUUUCAACUCCAUUAUUCACACAGUCUCCUAGUCUACAUAAUCUCGCCUUUCAUCUCCCACACCUGACCAAAUUGCUUUUUGGCUCAGUGCUUUCGAACACGACAAUGACACCAACAAU